AUGGCUCAUUCAAGGCAGCCAGGUCGACUGGCUUAUCGUUUUGAAGACGACACUCAUCCGAGUGAAGCCUCAAGCUCGGGCACAACCAAUCUGUCGCCAGCAGAUGCAAUCAAGCAAGCGAUCCAUGCCUUGCGAGCAUUCCAGAUAAGCAAGAGCAGAGAGUACAUCGAUGAAGCAGUGGAGUUGACUGAGCACGCCACGAAUUCCACACCUAGUGGGGACGACAACCUAGCGAUGUAUCUGACAACUUUGGCCGCAAUGCGAAAACAUCAUUACACGGCUUCUGGGGACAAAUCGAGUUUGGAUGGCGCUGUCCAGGCUUCAAAAAGGGCCGUUGAAGUCUCUCGAGAUGACGAUGAAAACCAGAAUCUGUACAUCCACAACCUCGCCGCGGCGCUACAAUGCCGGUACAAAGAAAGCGGCGACAAUAAACAUCUUCAAGAAGGCAUAUCAAUCAUGAAACACAUAGCAAAUUACGUGAGUCCGGAGGGAAAGACCAAGUUGCUCCAAUCGCUCCUGAUGCUGCAAAGACUUGCAUUUGAAGACACCUCGGAUGAAGUGCGCCUCGACGAGGCGAUUUCUACGACAGAACUUCUUCUGGAAAAUGCCGAUCAAGACGGUAGAAUCGAGCUGCUUUACAGUCUGGGCGAUCUGUAUGACAUGCGUUUGGACCUACGUCGUACAAUAGAACACCUGGACGAUUGCAUCAGAGUUUGCCGCGAUGUCUUGGAAGCAAUACCAGCAGAAGAUGACAGGAGAUCCGCCGUCAUGCACAAUAUAAGUGUAUACUAUACAAGGCGGUACACUCACGAUGAUUGCCUCGAGGACCUCGGUCAAGCCAUUGACUUCAGUCAAAAGGCCAUCGGAACUACAGACAUCGAGCAGGUGGAGAAACGAACGUCGCUGCUCGAAGGCCUCGCCCAGAAGUUUAUGAUGUGGUACACGCGAGAAAAGGAAUUCCCUCCAUUAGAUGAGAGUAUACUGGAUCGACAUGUGGCUGGAAAAAAGACCGAUGCGAAAGAUCUUCCUGAAAAGGCCACCUGGCUGUUCAUGCUGUCACGAGGACUCGAAGAGAAAGUCAGCCACACGGAUCCAUCUCAUGACUCCCUGGAUGACUUGGAAAUGUCAAUGGUCCUGGUUUACGAGGCUCUCGAAGUCACUGUCGACAACCACAAGAAUUGGGAAGAUAUGGUGAACGCCCUACGCAAACGGCAACGUCUAUGGUCGGACCUCACCGGCAAGAUUCCUGAUACAUCCGAGAUUGCCACGCUCUUAUUUCGCAAAGGAGGAAGAUGGAUUGCUCCCGAGCAUGAUGAGAAUAUAAGUUUGAUCAAAGUGCCGUAUUGCAUUAAGGUCGGCGACCUGAAUGCAACCGGAGACGAAGCGGCUAAGCAGCCCGUCGUUCAAUGCUUCACAGCGCCUGCUAAAGUCAGCAAGGACGAGAGACAGACGUUCAUACAGAUAUAG